AUGGCUGAGGAGCUAACUGCUCUUCAUCAAACCCAUACUUGGGAUUUAGUGUCAAUUCCUGCAGGAAAACUACAAUUGGUUCUCGUUAGGUCAAUAAGAUUAAAACAAAGUCUGAUGGAUCUAUUGAAAGAUACAAAGCUCGUUUGGUGGCUAAGAGUUAUUCUCAAUAAUAUGAAUGGCGACCUUCAUGAGGAAGUCUAUAUUGUUCCUCCUUCUGGUAUUGAUCAACAACCUGGUGAAGUCUGCAAACUUAGGAAGGCUCUUUAUGGUCUUAAACAGGCUCCCCGUGUCUGGUCUGAUAAAUUCUCUACUUUAAUUACUUCUCUUGGUUUUUGCCCGAGUAACCAUGAUUUUGCUUUAUUUGUCAAGUGUGAUGAUGUUGUUGGGAUUAGUUUGUUGAAGUCUGAGUUGACUCAAAAUUUUGCUAUGAAAGACUUGGGUCCCCUUCGUUACUUCUUGGGUAUUGAAGUUGCUUCUUUUUUAAAAGGGUAUCUACUUUCUCAAUCUAAGUAUAUUUCUGAUAUUUUUGAGCGUGCUCGCCUCUCGGAUAAUAAGAAUGUUGAUACUCCAAUUGAGCUCAAUGCUCGGCACUCUAUUUCUGAUGGUUCUCCAUUGCCAGAUCCGAGUCUUUAUAGAACUGUUGUUGGAAGUUUGGUUUAUCUCACUAUCACUCCCCCUGAUAUUGCAUAUGUUUUUCACAUAGUCAGUCAGUUUGUUAUUUCUCCUACUACAGUUCAUUGGGCUGCUGUUAUUCGCAUCUUGAGAUUUCUCCGUGACACUCAAUUUCAAACUCUUUUGCUUUCCUCUACUUCAUCUUUGGAGUUAUGUGCUUACUUUGAUGUUGAUUGGGCUGUUAUACCUCGGUUUUCAACAGAGGCCGAAUAUCGUGCUAUGGCUUCUACUACUUGUGAAAUCGUUUGGUUGUAA